AUGUUAAAAAUCCUCAUCCCCACCCUCCUUCUAUUCCCAGUCUCAUGAAUCGCACCCCAAAAAUGAAUAUGAACUUCAACUAUCUCCAACAGCCUCUUAAUUGCCGCAUUAAGUCUUACCUGAUUUAAAUGAGACUUCGAAAUAGGCUGAAACUACUCUAACCUUUUUCUUGGUGUUGACCCUCUUUCCGCCCCUUUACUUGCACUUACGUGCUGACUCCUGCCACUUAUACUCUUAGCUAGCCUAAAACAUUUAACUACUGAACCCCAUAAACGACAACAAAUCUAUAUCUCCCUACUAAUUACCCUCCAAGCACUACUAAUUAUAGCAUUUAGUGCAACAGAAAUAAUUCUAUUCUACGUAAUAUUUGAAGCUACACUUAUCCCCACCCUUAUUAUCAUCACACGAUGGGGAAACCAAACUGAACGACUUAAUGCCGGCAUUUACUUUUUAUUCUACACCCUUGCAGGCUCCUUACCCCUCUUAAUUGCUCUACUUGUACUACAAAAAGACCUGGGCACCUUAUCUAUACUUAUUUUACAGUACCCAAACACUUAUAACCCCCACUCCUGAGCUAGCAAAUUUUGAUGGGCUGCCUGCUUAAUUGCCUUCCUAGUUAAAAUGCCCCUCUACGGGGUCCAUCUCUGACUACCGAAAGCCCAUGUAGAAGCCCCAAUUGCCGGCUCCAUAAUUUUAGCUGCAGUCCUCCUAAAAUUAGGGGGCUACGGCAUGAUACGAAUUAUUGUUAUACUUAAUCCACUUACAAAAGAAAUAGCGUACCCCUUCUUAAUCCUAGCAAUCUGGGGUAUUAUUAUAACUAGCUCUAUUUGCCUCCGACAAACAGAUCUUAAAUCCUUAAUUGCCUACUCAUCAGUUAGCCACAUAGGCCUUGUAGCAGCAGCCAUCCUAAUUCAAACCCCAUGAAGCUUCGCAGGAGCCACAGCCCUUAUAAUUGCCCAUGGGCUAGUAUCAUCCAUACUUUUCUGCCUAGCCAAUACCAACUACGAGCGGAUCCACAGCCGAACACUCUUAUUAGCCCGAGGGACCCAAAUCAUCUUACCACUUAUAGGCACAUCCUGAUUUUUAGCUAACUUAGCCAACCUCGCCUUACCCCCCAGCCCCAACCUCAUAGGGGAAUUACUUAUUAUCUCCUCCCUAUUUAAAUGAUCAAACUGAACUAUUAUCUUAACAGGAACAGGGGUUUUACUAACAGCAUCCUACUCACUAUAUAUGUUCCUAAUAACACAACGGGGGCCCACACCACAACAUUUACUCUUUUUAACACCCUCCCACACACGAGAACAUCUACUCAUAUACCUUCACCUUCUCCCCACAAUUCUCCUCAUUACCAAACCUGAACUCAUCCUAGGAUGAACAUUUU